AUGAAGCCAGGGGUGACCUACAUCGGCAACAUCAGCGCCAACGUGCAAGCGCAGUUCGCCAUCGACUUGCCGUACGACCUCACAUCGGUCGUGCUGACCCUCUCGGCAGAGACCAAAUUCUCGCAGCCGCUGGCCAUCAUGACGGUCCUGAAUCAGAAGGCCGCGGCGGAUGUGCAGCCGCCGAAGACGCAGGCAACCAUCAGUGCGGCCUUCCUGCCCAAGGUUCGGGCCUUCAUCAACGUCACGUCGUCGUACAACAACAACCAGCUGUGGUCGUCCUUCGGUAUCUGCGCUGAAGUGACAUCGGCCGAGUCUGUCGUGGGACACAACCGCAUGACCGUUCGCCAGUGGACUUUCGGCAGCGCACCCAUCGCCGUGGUCCGCAGGGAGAAGGGUGAAAAGGACGACACCGUCUCCGUGCUGCAGACACAACUGAGGGACAGCCGUGGGUUCAACCUGACAGGAUACCGGACGGGUCCUGUCGGACAACCGCCCAAAGUGGUCUGGAAUCACCAGCUGGAGAGCAAAGGGACGCUCAAGCUGCGCAACAAUGCCACCCAUCUGAUCGCCCUGUCUGCUGAGGGCGGCCUCCAGUCCAUCGACUUUGCCUCCGGCGCCAUUUCUCAGCCCGUGCCAAUCAAGAUUGAUGUCUCUUCGGGGAACCCAGUCUCGGUGGGCUUCUCGAGAGACCGGGUCGUCAUCCUCGCAGGAGGCCUAGGUGAGGUACGACGGAACUCGCCAGGGUUUCCGUUCCUGUUCACCUUCCCGGCCGACUUCAGCGAUGGAGAGCAGUGCUCGCCGAGUCUCUUGGCCGAUGUGGCUGUGGACAAUCUGGGCUACAGCUAUGUGAGCGUGGCCUGCGGCUUAACGGACCUCUACGUCUUCGGCCCGGCGGGCCGGCUCCGCUUCUUUUCGCGGUAUUCUAAUUCGGCGUUCCAUGGAUUGCCCUUUACGGCCCUACAAGACAUGGCCUGCUGGGCUCGCACGUGCUAUCGCGGCAUAGAGCGUUACAGCGUCGGUGGGGUUCCACCCGGAUACCCUCCGGUGCCAUUCGUGAGACAGGAAGACAACACCUCAUUACUGCUCGUGUCAAGCGCCAACAAGGUGUAUGCUCUGCGUGAGGACGUGCUCGAUGCGCAGAAUCCUGCGUGGCAAUACUCGCUGCCAAUCUCCACCGGUAUUGGUGGGCCAUCUGUUGUGGCCGGAACGCAGAUGUGGUUGCACGAUAACAGCGGCCUUGUGUUGGUGGCACUGGACGCUGCGAAAGGGACCUUGUCCUCUGCCUUCACAUGGCCAUCUUCGUAUUCCUUCCAGUCAAGGUGGCUUGGUAUGACAUCGACUCCAGAUGGGAUACUGUAUGCCACUUUGGAGACCCCUUUUGGUGUCUAUUUCUUUGUUAUCUCCCCAUAA